AUGGAUAAGUUCCGCCUGGUGUUCCAGUUCCUUCAGACCAACGAGGAGUCGUUCCUGAACGGGGCGUGCGGGCUGCUAGCGCUGGCGAGCGCCCAGCUUUACUCGGCCUUCGAGUUCAGUUGCCCUUGCCUGCCCGGCCACAACCUGCCCUACGGACUGACGGUGCUGGCGGUGCCGCCGCUGCUCUUCCUGCUGCUCGGCUUCGUGCUCAACAACAGCGUGUCGGCGCUGGUGGAGGAGUGGCGGCGGCCGCGGGGGCAGCGGGCCCGGGACCGCGGCGUGCUCCGCUACAUGCUCUGCUCUCUGCUGCAGCGAGCUCUGGUCGCGCCCGCCGCCUGGAUCAGCUUCAGCCUCCUGGACGGCAAGAGCGUGGUCUGCGCCUUCAGCGAGCGCCUCGACCUCCGCAGUCUAGACGUGAACGACUCGGCGCUGCCCGCUGCGCCCGCCGAUCUCCGCCGCCUCGUCGCCGCCCUCCCCUGCCCCGAGCUCUCGCCGCAGACUGCAGCCGUCUCCCGCGAGGCUGCCCGACGCUAUCUUCGCUGCCUGUCGCAGAUGCUGGGCUGGAUAUUCCUGCUGCUGAUCACCGCCCUGGCCUUCCUGGUGCGUGCCCUGCGGCCUUGCUUCAGCCAGGUGGCUUUCCUGAAGACCAGGUACUGGUCUCACUACCUUGACAUCGAGCGCAAGCUCUUCGAGGAGACGUGCCGGGAACACGCCCGAGGCUUCGCCAGGGUCUGCGUGCAGCGCUUCUUCCUGGAGAUGGGGGAUGAGCUGAGUCGAGGCUGCGGCCCCCACCUCCCGCCGGACCCCCGCGCCGAGUCGGACUCUCAGCCCAAGCUCUUCGGCAUCACCGACGGCGAGGCCAUGAACAAACUGUUGCGGGACUGGCACAUCCACAAGCCGCCCCUGAACGUGGCGCCCGCCCCCCGCGUUGACGCCCGGCCCGGUGGUCCCGACCUGCAGUUGCCCGUCGCCAAGAUCAACAACGGCAGCCAGGUCCGUUGGGAGAAGGUGGUCUUCUGCAGCAAGGUCUGAGCCUGGUCCCCACAGCCAUCUACACCCACCCCCUCGCUGGCACUUGACUAAAGGCCUCAUUUACACCCAGCCCCUGACCGCCCUCCUCCAACUGGAGACUCAGAACCCCAGCAGAGACCCAGUGAUUCCUCUCUCCCCAGGAGAGGUUCACCAACCUCCUCUGGAUCAUGAUGAGAAAAAUAGAGGACGGGACCAGAGUGGCCAGUCUGACCCUGGGUGUGUAUGAUAGGAUGGUGUAGAGGGAGCUUCACUCUGUGUCUGACCUAGAAGUGUGUGAUGAAACACAGGGACCAAAAUACACUUUCUCCAGCCCAUUCCAUCUGCAUGGCUGCUCAACAUACAGCGAUUCUGUUGGUGCAUAUUACAGCGAUAAUUCUCUCCAUGACAUGCCGCUAGUACUGCUGCUCUGCUUUUAUUUGUUCUUGAAGCUUUGAAGUUAACGUUUGCCCUUGCUCUCUUGUUAAGUAGGCCAACAUGGCACUCCUGUGCUUCUCUGGGUUUUCAUGAGUUUGGAUAAGACAGGAGUUUUGCCAAUCAUCAAACCCUUCAUAAGCUAAAGAUGUAGCAGAAGAAUAAGAUGCGAUGUUUGGAAAUAAUUUACAAACAAAGCAAUAUAUCUGACCUUUUGAGGGAGAAUAUACAAGCCACUCUCGGCUUUUGUUGAAUAAAAAUGAGCCUUUGUGCAAAACCUAGACUGCUUUUUAGACACUCGCUUGGAAUUUGAAAAUGUUCCACAACAAUGCUGAACUUGAGAGGGGCCCCUUUCUACCCAAUAGGACACGUCCUCAUGUGAUAAUUCAGUCCACAAACCAAUGUCUGUUACAGUAGAUCUAUGUUUGGCAUAAUUAAUCAGUUCUAUAUUUUCAUUUUGAGCCGGCAUCAUGGCUGCUUUCACAUAUUCAGCUUGCUGUUCCACGUCCUGCUUCGCUGUUUGUGUUUCAGGGAGGUUUUCUUCUGGUUGAAUGCUAGUUGGUGGCUGAACAGCUCCAUCACACUGAUUUCCUUGUGUUAGUAUCAAUGUAUCUGCUUCACCGCUGGCACUUGUUGCCUCUGUCAGUGGCUGACACAAGAAAGCAGUGAUUGGUCUUAACUUGUUUACCGUAUCAUUUUCAAGUCUCUUUCUCGUGCACUUGCUAACACCACUUU